UAUCUAUUUUUCUCUACAGUUCUUGCCACAGAAUACAAUCGCGUUUUAAUAUUCAAGGGGCCAAUAGAGGGUAAAAUACUUCUGGGUCACGUGAUAAGGACGGAGAAGGUGCCAAAUGAGGGGAGCUGCCGUGUGAAGUGUUUCUUGGAGCCCAACUGUGUGUCUAUAAAUGUGGGUCCUGUGGACGAUCAAGGACAGCGCCCCUGUGAGCUAAACGACUUUACAGCUGAAAGUGCAUCACAGACUGGCUUGGAGGAAAGGACAGGCCACAUUCACUAUGCAGUUGAGGUAUCACUGAGAUAUUUUUGAUUCUUGAUUAACUGCAAAGGUUUGAGAAGCUUAUUUACCAAAUUAAGACGAUCAUUAUCCUGUCAUUUGUGACAAAAAAUGGCCAAGUUUAUCAUACUCGCAUCAUUUAAUGUUGUUUGCAAAACGCCAAUUUCAUUCGCUUAUAUAUUACUAUAAAACUGAGACGGGUGAUGAGUAAUGUAAGCCACAAACGUUCAGGUUAGCAAGAACUUUGUUUCAUUGAAAGGUAAUCCAGUACAAUAUUGACAUUCGGGAAAGAGAGCUUAGUAUGUAAACGAAAAAAAAACGAAUUAAAGGAACUAACUAUCUUUCCCUUUUAAAUAAUUUUAUGAUGCAUUGAUGGAGUAUCUAUUUAAAAGAGCAAAAAGAAAAAAAAGAAGAAGAAGAUGUAUUAAAGUAAUUUGAAUGUUUAUCAUGUUUUCCAGCAGAACUUUUGUCACAGUAGUUCAUGCCCUGGAGAGAACUUCAUCUGCCAGGUAGGCUUCACAGCUAAACACUACCGAUGUGUUUGCGUUGAUGGGUUCAAAGGAGAAAAGUGCGACGAAGGUAUGCCUCCUCAUGUUGACUUCGUGAUUUCUAUGUUGUGUGUUAGCAAACUAAUAUCAGGACAAUAGUUAUUUCAAACCUGUUCGUUUAUCUUGAGACACAAAUUUACUGUGAAUGUAAUGAAAAUCGGCUGAUAUAUAAUCAAAGGUGGGGGAUAUGAGUUUGCAUGUACCACAUGAUUUUUUGUCUAUUUUUAAUUACUUGUUUUUUCGCAGCAUCCUGUAAAGCGCAAUGGGCAACUUUUGGGUCUUCGAAGUAUAACCUGUGCAAAUCACCCCAGAAAUGGAAAAAUGCUAAACUGAUCUGCCAGCAUUUUGGUAGUAAGUUAGUGAAGAUUGAAUCUGAGAAAGAAAAUGAAUUUAUAAAAAGAGAAUAUUUGAGUAGUGAAGGUCCUUACUGGAUUGGACUUUCCGACUCUGAUAGUGAAGGGGAAUGGAAAUGGACAGACGGAACUGGGUUAACUGGUUACCAAAAGUGGAAAAGUGGCCAACCGAAUAAUAAAGACGGCAGGCACGAUUGCGUAGCCGUAUAUGAGGGGAAAGCAAAAUGGAACGACGUAAGGUGCUCCAGAAAACUGGGAUUCAUUUGCGAAAAGUGA